UUAAUUUUUCAAAGAAAAUAAUGCAGAAAUGUUCCUAUUGAAAUGAGUUGGAAAACUCAGUAAAUAAGCCAAAUAUCUCAUCACGGACUGAUUUUGCUGCACGGAAAUCCUUCACGUUUUGGUGUACUACCUUGGUUCAAAUCCGAUAGGUAAAACAAAGGGGCCAGUCAACAAGGGACGACUUUACUUCCCCAUUUCUUCAUGGAGCUUCAUGUAACAUCGAAGAUUUCAUAGCUCACGGAAAAUAAUGACAGAUCUUGAAUACACCGAAGAAUCGACUGAACCUCAGCUUACAAGUAUUUAACGUUUGAAAUACUACAGGACGAUCUGACUGAGAUACUGACCGGAUAAACGCCGGAUAAGGACAAAGUUUGUUAUCUAUCAAACGUCUCCGGUCGAUGCGGUAAGAUUACAUUCGACUAUUGAAUGUGAUGGGUUCUAUGGAAGGUGGUGGGGCACCUUUGCUGAACGACUACAAACUUGAAUUCUUCUGGAAGCGUUUCCCGCAAACACUGCUCGGUGGAUUGAAGCUAAAACUCGGAUACGAUGCACCGUUCUACGUUUACUUGAAUCAAGUAUUGGUGUUCUUGGUACCUUUCAUUCUUGGAGGGAUUUUUACUCUUCUUGCUGAGUUCGAAGUCAUAACCGAUGUGUACAUUAACGCGUUUAUUUAUGGAGGCCUUGUGGUCGUAUUUAUAACAGGUACACAGCUUUUCAGCUGGUCAAUGCGUCGAAAUGCGACGAGUCUUGCUAAAUUUCAAAAGAACCUCUUGUCUCAAGACGACGAGAUUGACUUCGUUUCGUGUUGCGGUGUAGAAACGGUAGAGUUUAUUUUUCCCGCAAAGAGAUUUGUUGUAAACAUGAUUACCUAUGCAGUGAUAUCUGGGGUCGUAUGUGGUUUGAUGUUUUUGUAUCUUUUACCGUCGAACCUUGCUGGAUUGUUUUCAAACACGUGCGCUACAGUGGUUCUUUACACUCUGGGAUGGUUAACAGUGUGCAUUUCUCAGUUCUCUUUGAGUUCUUCAUGCCCAUCUGAGUUGGCUAUUUUUAGAGCUCUGGACACAUUGGAAAUUGCUCCACUGAUGAGAUCAUUUUAUGUGGUGAUAUUCGGAAUCAUUGGAGUUUUUGCAAGACAUUACUCAGAGUUGGUGGCAACAGACAAGGCUCUGCAUAUUUUGUUUCUCUUUCUACCCUUGCUAUGGAUUCUGGGUAUCCUGCCUGCUCUGGAUGCACUAUUCCCAUGGUUGGCAGAGCAGGCCUUGGUGCUUGUUCUAGGUGGUUCCCCACUAGCAACUGAUUUGAGAUUGCUGGUGAUGUUUAUCAUCUCAAGCAUUACAGUUGUCAUGGCAAUGUUUAUUUCCAAUGCCACUGCCAUUGUUGUCAUAACAGCUUCUUCUGGCUUCAUGCUCAGUAUGGACAUCUUUGGCUUUGUUCUCCAAGCAUGGGUCAAAGUAAAAAAGGAAAAAACCUUAAAGGAAAUAGUAUCAGAAUGGAAAUUGAAAGAAAUUUUGAUAAUUGUUGUAAUGUUAGUACUAACAGUGGCUGUAGCUGGGGUUUCCAGCCACUUCUCAUCAGAGGCAAGCCUGCACAUAUUUGAUGCCUUUGGUGUUUUGUUGGUGGUGCUCUUGCUUCUUGUUAAAGUUCUGGGAGAUGUACAAUCUGUGAGCAUUUUCUUUGGUUUGCUUAGAAAUCCAUUUUUUCCAGCAAGUAUUGAGUUAUCUAGAGAAUUUAAGAAAGGAAAAAAGAAUCUGAAAUAUGUUGGUCUUCUGCGGCAAGCUUUGCUUUGUUAUGUUAUACCUUUACUUCAAGUUGCCUUUCUCAGCUUGUUCCUUGCUCCAGAGAAGGCAAAUGUUUCAAAGUUUGCUGUGGCCAUUGGAACUGUCAGGGCUCUCAGACAGGUCUGGCAAAACACCUUCGAUUCUCUAUUGGAAAUAUCUGUUGUUUAUCUGACUGCGAUAGUUCUGAAGUCAGAUGUGGCUACCUGGUGGGAUAGUGCAGGCCUUGGUCUACAGCUGAUGCUUGUGGGAGCCUGUAGGGACAGACUACAGCAGCUACUAAAUAAGAUCUCCUUUAUGCUGACCCUCACUGUCACAGCGUGGAAACUUCCAAAACAGCGUCACAAGGCAACAGUGCCUAUUUUUGUUGCAUCCGCCAUAUUACUGCCUGUGGUACUAGCUGUACUUGGGGCUGCAACCAUUUUAGCCGCUCCAUUGCUACCACUUUUCUGCCUUCCUGUGUUCUUGGUGGGCUUUCCGCGGCCAUUGCGGUCCUGGCCAAAGGCUGCCAGCACAGCAGCAGCAACCUGCCCUGACUCCGUGUUUUACAAACAACUGACACCUCAGGUAGUGUCAACUCUGAGUGUUACCAUGUCAAUGGGAAGUCUGGGUAAUCCAUCACCAGGGGACCACUACUUGGUACGCUUUCAGGACCGCUUGAUUUGGGUCCACGUACUUGAGUGUGGUUACAAAUUUUGCACAACCGUAAUGAAAGGCCUUGAGCUGCAGGAGACCUCGUGCCACACUGUCGAAGCCACGCGUGUAGAUGACGUGUUUCAGGAUAUUUUUGUUCGCGAAGGAAAAUGGCCACUGAUUUCUUUGAACCAACACGCAGCAAACGUUCUUCGCCCAUGUGACACAUUGAUCCUCGAUACCUACUCAGACGCCAAGAAUGUACUGACUGGUAUAAUUGAUCAGCCAGAAAAUUUACGGAGGAAUUCAGAGAAUUUCCUAAAGACUCUUGUCUGGGUUUUGGUGAAUUAUUGUAAAGAUCGAAAGUUUGAAAUCGCGGAACAAACCUCACAACAAAUUUCCAUUGACAUUGCAAAGCAAGAGGUUGCGAUGUCAGUGGAGGUAUUACCUGCUCCAAAACCCAAAGAAGCUUCACUAGUCAGACAAAUAAGUCAGGAUGAUUUGGACAUUCCAAAUGCUUUCAAGGCUUCAACAGAUGAUCAAGAACCAACUACAAGAGUUACAUCACCUAAGAAACGACGAAGCAGUUCAUUGCCCAGCCUUAGCGAUAGUGUAUGGUCUCAGGAUAGCUUGAAACUGGAUGAAAGCCAGACGAGCAUUGGAAAACACAAGCAUUCAGGGAGCGGUAGUGGUCCUCACGCCAAAGAUGAAGGGAUUGAUGAUCUCGAAGAAUCUUUCAAUUUUGGCGGUUUUCCAGCACUGGAUAUUGGACAGGCAAGCGCAUCAAAAAAUAAAGGCUCAAGCGAAAAGCUCCUCGCGAAAGUCGAUCCAGUUUUUAGUGACUUCGAUUAUGACGUUCCUACCUAUGGAGCUACCAAGAGAGAUACUAAAGCAGGCGCAAGCAAUAAUACGAAGACAGUUAGUUUUACAUCAGAGUAUUCUAGUAGACUCGAUUUGCCACAUCAUUGGAAGUUUUCCAUCCCAGUAGACAGACAUAAUUUAGCCUCUUUAUCGGAUAAAUUUCCCGAUUUCUGGUUCAGACAUGUUGUGAAGGGUUUAAACUUUGGAAUCAACAGCAAGGGCAUUGCAGAAAGUAUCCUUGGCGAUUCAACUCUGACGAGCUUCUACCGUCAGUUGACAUGCACGUGUUAUGCGUUAGUUGAAGUACUGGGAUUUCCAGGAUCCUCUGCUGUAGCUGCUGGACCUGGUCACGUUCACAAAGUGUACACUGGCGACGUACCUUGGUCAAUACAUGUUGAUUGGCUGGAAAAAGAGACAGAGCUUAAAUCGCUGAUCUUGAAGGCGUACAGGUACGCUUUCAAGUUAACUUACGACGAAGCUGUUCUUGGAGAAGUGACAAGUGAAGACGAACUAGUGGAAUACUUGACAGAAUAUGAUAGGGACUGGUACUUAGGCAGUGAGACAGACCACGAAUGGCAGUUGUCUAUUAUGCAUGAAAAGCCAUUUCUGUUCUCGCUGGGGAGAGAUAAAAGUAAGGGCACAUACACUAGCCGUGUUCUCACAAAGCAAGAGAUAAUGGCCCCAAUCGGGCGCCUUAAUGGUGAAUGCGUGCGAGGUCAGUGGGCCUCUCUAGCUUUAGAACUUCUAUACUUUACCAACGAUGACGAGGAACGGUACAGCAUCCAGGCUCAUCCAACACUCCUCAGGAACCUGACUAUUCAAGCUGCGGAUCCACCUCUGGGAUAUCCAGUUUAUUCCUCGGGAGCUGUGUCAGUACCACUUGUAGUAGCCCCUUUGUGAAAAGCGUUUUAGCAACAAUGUUUCAUCGUGUGCGCCUUUCGUAAUGCAUUUGUAAAAUAUACGCAGUGUUAUGUGUAAGUAUUUUAAUGUAAAUUAGAUCGAUGUAAUCGCCAAAUUGAUUACUUUCAAAUAUCUGGCGAACGUUCUCCCCCUAGCUUGCGUAGAAAACUUGAAAACGGAAAAAAUGAGACUAAACAACAAAUUUGUGAAAGUUAAUGUGGGCUUUGACGGCACCAUGCCAUUCAAAAGUUAAGUGAGAGCGAAUUUAUUUCAGAGAGAGAGGGCAUUUAGCAGGCCACUCUGAGGGGUGGGCAUAAGUUGUAAAAAUUGUCAUGAAAGCUCGUGACUUCUUCACGACCUUUAUUCUAGCCUAAAAGAUACAAUACCGGUCUACACUGGAACCUUUAUUAGAGCACAUGCCCGUGAUCUAGUUACGUGUGUCCUGAACAGUAGAGAAAGGAAACAUUCCAUUGUGCUGUCUUAAUCACGACGUUUGUAAAAUAUUUUUUGAUAUCAACUUUUUGACUUGUCUUUGGUAUAUCAAAGAAUGAUUCAUGACAUAUCUGCAAUUAUUUCACAGCAACGUACAGACAACAAAAUUUUAUUUCUUACCGUUUCGGCUGCGCAAACGAGGCGCUAAAUAUUCUUAAUGCAACACAAAGAUGGACGUCACGGAAAGAAAAUUUAAAACUUACCCCAUGCUGGCCAUGGCUUAUUUAUUUGAUCCAUACCUUAAUUAUUGUUCCGACAUGAAACAACCUUUCGUUUUUAAGAUUUAAGAUGCUCAGUACAGAGGGAAUGAGGGGGGAAUAGCUUAUUCUUAGCGCCCCCCUAUCCAUCCGAAUCCUCCCGAAGCUAGAGUGCUUUUAAUGUUUCCCUAAUCUUCUCUAAGCAAACAAACCAACAUUGUUCCUCUUAGCGAAUUCGAGGAACUGACGAUUUUGGCGGAAAAAGAACGAUUAUAUUAACAGUGUUUUUUUAAUGGCCGCCUUCUAAGUCACUCUAGUCUUACCUUGAAGAUGUGUGUGUGUGUGUUCUUUUUUUUUUUUCUUUACUGCGUUGAAGGAUGUACUCUUUCGACUAUAGGAGUACAUUGGUUACAUAAGACAGGGAUUGGCUAAUUUGGGUUCUAGAGUGGGGUAAAGAAAGUGAUAGUUUCCAUCAGCUGAUCUGUUCAGCAAUGUUAAGAGGGUGCCUUGGAAGAUCAUUGCCUCAAAUCGCACAGAUAUUGUCAAGGUCCUUCGUGUUUCUUUCGUUUGAGCUAGCGUAGUAUCUGAAAUGAUUCUAGCUAUUGCUCGGUGUGAGGCUGCUACGUACAAACUUUGUUACAUAUUUCGUAGGGUUUUUCACUUCGAAUUGCCCUCCUUGUGUAAAUGAAUUAUACAUACUGGUGCGCAAAAUAGUCCCUCUUCGCAAGGGAGAAAUGUAAAUGAGGUCGUUGAAAUAGGCGAGUGUGAGAAUUCAACUGUGGCAAAAAACAACAGCAACGAAAUUCAAUCGCACUCUUCUGUAAUGAUAAAUUAAAAAAACUUACAGAA